AUGUCAGAAGUCAAGAAAAUUCCUUUUCAGUUAAUCUGUUUUCUUGUUGGUAGCGAAGGAAAUAAAUCGUGUAAGGAUAAAUUCUGUCCUCCAGGAACUAUCUGUAGUCAACGAGGACCAAUCGUAGCUUGCAUACCUGAAUCUUCUACAGGUUGCAAAAACCAUCCACCAUGUCCAUCUGGUCAAGUUUGUGUUGAAAAAACAGUUCCUUGCAUUUCACGCUCAUGUCCAAAAACUGCAAAGUGCGCAAAAAUAGGAACAUGUGAUGCAUUGCAAUGUCCACCAUCGCAUAAAUGUGAAAUGAAACCAAAGCCAACUUGCGUACGAACAAUUCUUUCAACUUCGUCUGCUGUUAAAGAAUAA